AUGGUGAGACUCCAUAACCUUGGCCUGCAGGCACAGGUUCACGUCGGUGGCAAGGCCGCCACAGAGUACGACGCCCCUUCGGAGAACGCAGCAGCCAAAUCACCUCAGAUACUAAAGCCGCUGUCGGUCACCAAGUACAUCGAGUGCUUCAACGACGCCGAGUUCAGCGUUGCGCUCAGCGUGUCAAACCACUAUGGGUUUGACGCUCCAGUCCCUCACAUGCUCAACAUCGCAAUCUAUGUCGACGGCAACUGGGUCACAGGCGAGAUGUGUCGCAUGGACCAGACUGAGCUCCAGCCGUGGAAGGCGAUCGUCCAUGGUCGCUCGCUCAUCAAGGGAAAGGGCAAGGGAAGAGGCCAGGGCAAGCAAGGAAUUCAGACCUUCAAGUUCAAGUCGAUCAAGACGGUGGACGACGACGACUCGAUUCGCGUUGACUCAGACUGCCGCGCAGCUGUGAACAUGGGCACCGUCGACAUCAAGUUCUUUCGCGUGCAGGUGAAUGGCUCGAGCGAGAAGUACAUGAACAAUCUGCUGGGUGCUAAGAACUUGGAGCUGGCCGAGAAGGCACUCAAAGGUCGUACUGUCUCGCAUGGAACCACGUUCUCGGAUUUCGUCGAGCUCGAUAAACCGAAACCGCUCUUGUCGUCCAAGUGCGCUCUGAUAUAUGGUGACAACGGUCCCUUCGCUACGAUCAAGUUGAUCUAUCGGUCGAAAGAUGCUUUGAUCAAAGAGGGCAUUGUUUCCCGACCGCCCAACCCACGCGCGGCAGCCUUAGAGCUGCAGCGAAUCGAGGAACUGUCUGAGGACCAGCUGCGUCUGCUCUUGGAGAGACUGAAAAAAGUUAGCACCGCCCACGUCUCCCAGUCCGCAGCGUUGUCGUCCCCGGACUUGUCGCGACUCCAGACUCCCAUAACCAAUCGCGACGGUCUAGGAGCCUCUAUCAGUCGGUUCAUGGACCGACCCGGAACUGCCCCGCCUCGAAUGCCCGUUCACAUAGAUCUUUCACGAGCAGCAUCCCAGGCACGUAAGGUCUCAGGAGGGGAUUACCGCUCCACCCACCCUCGCGUGCAGACUGAGACGCCCCGAAUUAUGCAGAGCAUCGAGAGACCCCCUGACCUGACCCACGUGUACCAGCUGCCGCUGAUGCCGUUGACGCCGCCGCUGCAGUCCCGAUCUCAGUCGCAAUCUCAGGACGAUCUAGACCGGGGCUCGAUGAAGCCGGAGCGCGGCUCUGUGGUCAAGCGCGAGUACGAUGACACUGGAGACCUGAAUGUCCUGCGACCGGCUGCUCGGCCUGCGAAGCGCAUUCUCAUCGAUGGCAAGAUUCGAGAGGUCGUCUCCCUGCUCGACGAUGACGACGAGUGA